AUGAAAGUACUCCAAAAACUCCUAAAGGACAAACAUAUCCUGGAAGCACAGGAGCAGGAAUUGAGGAAGAAAAAGGAGGAAUUGAGGAAAAAGGAGCAAAUGGAAUUGGAAGGAAACAUUGCUGCCACCAUUGCAAAAAUGAAAGUGUUAGCAGCCCCCAGGGGAUCAGCUAAUUGUUCUAUAUCAUCCAAUGGCAUGCAGUCAUAUUUUGAAACGGGACAAAGGGAAAUACAGUUUGUACCAUUAAAACAACCAAUCAUAACCACCACAGACAGAGCUGUCACUAACAUUGAUACAGCUCCCCUAACACCCAAUGCAGGCAUCAGGAAUCUAGAUGAAAAUCUACAUGUAACAUCUCCAGAUCCAGUAACUGCCACAAGCAACAGUGACAAGUGCAAUAUAUUUUCAGUCAUGGAAAAACAAAAUGAAAUAACAGCUUUAUUAAUCCAGCAACAGUGUCUAUCAUCCAUGCCCAAGAAAGACAUUCCAGUGUUUAAUGGUGACCCACUUCAGUACCAAACAUUUGUGAGAUCUUUCGAAUUCAAUAUUGAAAGCAAAAACAAUAACCCCAGAGACUGCCUCUACUACCUGGAGCAAUAUACAACAGGACUGCCCAGAGACCUUGUACGGAGUUGCCAACAUAUGGCCUCAGACAGUGGAUUCAGCAAGGCCAAAUGGUUACUACAACAGAACUUUGGCAAUGAACAUAAAAUUGCUACAGCAUACAUGGAAAGGGCUCUUUCAUGGCCAUUAAUAAGGGCUGAGGACACAAGGGCUCUACAGGCAUACACGGUCUACCUUAGAGGAUGUUGCAAUGCGAUGGAAGAUGUAAACUACAUGUUUGAGCUCAACAUUCCAGCAAACAUGCUAGCCAUUUUAAAGAAACUUCCAUAUAGGCUGAGGGAUUUAUGGAGAACUGUAGCAUGUGACAUCCAGGAAAAACACCACCAAAGAGCUGCCUUCAAGGAUAUUGUGGAAUUCCUUGAAAGGCAAGUAAAAAUUGCUACAGAUCCCAUAUUUGGGGACAUUAAAGACCCCCCUCCCGUAAGCAAAGACAUAAGAAGGCCACAGCCUCAUCCAAGAGGAAGCAUCUUUGCAACCAAUGUGAAAGUUACAGAAAAUAAAUAUGACAGAAGCACUGUAGAGAAAGGGAUUUUGUCUGCUGUGAAAAACUGCUUGUAUUGUAGAUGUGAACAUGCUCUGGAGAUGUGUCCACAACAUCGAAGCCAUGUUUCACCAAGUGAAAGUUCCAAGUGA